AUGCCAGGCACUUUUAACGGGACGUAUAUAUUUGCUCAUUUAACGAAAUUUUAUCGCUUAAAUUUUGGUCAAAGUAACAACUUUGGUACUGUACCUAACCCGUCCCUAAGCGCCCAUGCUCACCCGCCUGAUGUAUGGAAAGUCUCAUCACAAUUUGGGCGCUUGAGACAGAGACCGGCAUAUGCAAAGAUUUUUUUUGCUUCAGUGGCGGAGCGGCAUGCGGAACACGUAUGA